UCUCUCCCUUGCCGCCUUGUUCUCUUCGAUCACUCGUCCCUCUCGCUGUCUCCGUUGCUCGAGAUAUCGUUCGCGUCCCGCCAAUCGAGAAAUGGUGAACGAGCGACGCGAUGAGUCCGAUCCCGCCGCCGGCGAGACAUACGCGAGACAUAUACGAGGACGAUACGGUGCGAGCGAUUGAGUUCCUUCGUUCUCCCAGCCGAGGAGGCGACUUAAUCGGGACAUCCCGCGCUUCACGAGACAGUUAUACAUCUCGCGGGAAGAUUUUUCUUCUCUCCCUCUCUGUGUGUAUCGAUGCGAAGAGGAUGGAUGGACCUCGUCGAAAUAACGGAGAUGACUAAAUAGCGGAGGAUGCCGCGUGUUCACGAACGCGGAAUCGAAGAGGUAAUAUCGAAGAGUGUAAUUCGUUUCCGUCAUUAUUUCGCGACCAGCGAGAAGAGACGCACUCGAGGGGACUAGAAUGUGCCCGGGAAGAGGAAAAAGGAACAUCGCGAGAGGAAAGAUAGAGUGCCGAGAUAUGAUACCAGUCCUCCGGUCUAGUGUCUAUCGAACCUGCCGUUUGAAUUGACGUCGAGAAGAUGAGAGAGAGAGAAAACUCGAGUGCAUCCGUCUCUCAUUAGCCUCCUGCUCGAGAAGAGACUCGAGGGGUAGCUGAUCCGUCAGCGUGGAAUUUUGCUCGCCCAGAGACAAAUGCUCUUCGAUGAGCGAGACCACGAGCUGUUCCAGGAAAGUCCCGGCAGAGAAGAAGAGUCUCCGAGCUCCAGAGACGCAAUCAAGGGCGUAUAUCACGGAGAGAGGCAUUUAAUACGCUUACACUACCUUAGGCAGAAGGGUUCUCUACGGAGAGAACAAAAACCCUCCGGUGCCCCGAAGCGUCGCCUUAUUAGCUUUUGCGAGAGGACGACCGAGAAGGACAUAAUAUACCGGAGGUGGGAAAGAACGAAGGAGAGAAGAUCCCGUCGGCGCGCUUCCUAGAUUAGAAGGUCUCGCCACGACGAUUAUUACCGUCGGUUAUUCCCAUCCCCCGUCGAGGACACACCGGUAAAGAAGCCCGCGAAGGAAGAGGAAAUCGAUCUUAACGACCUCGUCGUCGACCGGAGUCGGGUCCGGAUGAAGAAGAGAAAGCAGCAUCAGCAUGUCGAGCUUGGCGCGAAGAAGACACACGACGUUGUUCGGCUCCAAGAGAUGGUGGCAAGGCGGCUGCUGGGCGACCAGGAGCCACCAGGAGGCGUACCUGCGCAAGCUCUACGGCAGGAAGAACAACGACGCCAGGAACGGUAACGGCGGCCAGGUCGACGGGGACGUCGCCGGCGGUAUUGACGCACCCUGGGCGACGCCCGGCGUCGUUUACGAUCUGCCGUCGAUCGCCGCGACCGGCCCCGACGAGCACUACCUGGACGCGUUCCUGAGGAAUCGCGACGUCGCGACCGCGAACGAUGACGACGUCGUCGACGACGUCGUCGCCGCCGUCGUCGCCGGCUGCCCGGCCCUGACGGCGUCGCGCGCCAGCCCGACGGAGAAGUGCGUCGAGUUCCUCAAGGGCUCGCACCACGACGACGGGACCAGUCUCGAGCGUCGUCCGGACGCGACGGAAUACGGCUCCCUGCAUUCGACUUACGAUGUCGCCGGUUGCUCGGAGAAAGUGUGCAGGAGCUGCAGGUGCCCGCGAGAGGAGCACCAGCGGGCAUCCACGGAGGCGGGCGGUCCCUCGGGACUCGGCCUGGGUCCGGGUUCGCCGAUGGCGAUGGCCAUGGCGUUCCCGAGCGGCGCCGGUGGUGCGCCUCACCAGGAGCCGUUCAAGAGCCCGGUGCAAGCCGCGCCGGCCGGCCUGGCGUUGCAGGAGGCACUGAUGCAGCAUCACCAGAGACACUCGCAGAGCGACGACGACAGCGGAUGCGCUCUCGAGGAGUACACGUGGGUGCCGCCCGGGCUGAGGCCCGACCAGGUGCAUCUGUACUUCAGCGCACUGCCGGAGGACAAGAUCCCGUACGCGGGUAGCGCCGGCGAGCGCGAGCGGGUGAAGCAGCUGCUGCAGCAGCUUCCGCCCCACGACAACGAGGCGCGUUACUGCAGCGGCCUGACCGAGGAGGAGAAGCGCGAGUUGAGGGUGUUCGCGGGUCAGCGGAAGCGCGAGGCCCUGGGACGCGGCCACGCGAGCCAGUUGGAGCGUCCGCACGGAGCCGGCUGCCGAGAGUGCGGACGGGCGAUCGCGGCCGGCGAGAUGGCAGUCGCGGCGAGUCGAGCCGGACCAGCCGCCCUCUGGCAUCCCGCCUGCUUCGUCUGCUGCGUUUGCCGCCAGUUGCUGGUCGAUCUUAUCUACUUCUGGCGGGACGGCAGGCUCUACUGCGGCCGCCACCAUGCCGAGACCCUCAAGCCCAGAUGCUGCGCCUGCGACGAGAUCAUCCUCGCGGACGAGUGCACCGAGGCGGAGGGCAGAGCCUGGCACAUGCGCCACUUCGCCUGCCUCGAGUGCGAUCGACAGCUCGGCGGUCAGCGAUACGUGAUGAGGGAAGGUCGGCCGUACUGUCUCAGGUGCUUCGACGCCUCCUUCGCCGAGUACUGCGACAGCUGCGGCGAACCGAUCGGCGUCGACCAGGGCCAAAUGUCACACGAGGGUCAGCACUGGCACGCGACCGAGGCCUGCUUCUGCUGCGCCACUUGCCGCGCCUCUCUUCUGGGUCGACCGUUCCUGCCGCGACGUGGUGCCAUUUACUGCAGCAUAGCGUGCAGCAAGGGAGAACCGCCGACGACACCGAGCGACUCCUCGGCCGGGCCGCCUCCGCCAUCCUUCCUCAGGAGCGGUAGAAGACAAACGGUGGCUACGAGCGAAGGUUCGUCGAGUCCACCGCCACCACCUCCGCCUCCACUUCCUCCAAGUUCGAGGCAUACCCUCGGAUCUCCUAGGAACUCGCCUCGGAUGACCAGAAGGCAUCAACAAGUUUCGGCUUCUCUAGCGACGACACCCACCCAAAACAUCCUGAGUCCCGAGUUCGCCGCGGAAGCACUUUCUUCCAGCGGCUCCAGGCCCAGUGGCCUCGACAGGGUAUUACUAGAACGAAACCUCGAGAGACUGCUACAAGAACGCGGCUCUCAUGCGGAAGAAAAUCGCAGCGAGUUGGGAAGGUUGAUGCAAGCGCGAGAUCGAGAACCUCUCAGAUGCAUCCAGAAUUGCUCGCCUUCGCACGCGUCGAGCAUGCCGGAACUGCCACCUCCGCGACCGUUCGGGGCGUCGAUUUCAGCGUCGACGUCGACCGCCGGCGCGGCGUCCGUCGGCAUUCUGGCGCAAGAGCCGGCGAUGUCCCCGGUCAGUCCCGGAAUCGGAGCCAGCCAGACGGAUCCGCCAACGCCGACGUCGCGACGCGUGCGAUUCCAGGGUGAUUUGGAUGUCAACGAUCACGGCGCGACGUCGCGCAUUCCUCUUUCGCCGAUGAACGAUCGGAACUCGUCGUCGUCGCCCUCGCCGCCGCCCAUGUCGUUGUCGAGAACGAACGUUCGAUCGAGAAGUCUGCAGGCCGACGAAGUCGCAAGCACGUCUACUUGGGGGACGGCUGGCACGUCUAGGUCGAGGAUAGAUGGCGAGGAUGACGACGCCGAGAGCUGUUGCUCGACGUGCAGCUCGUCCAGCAGUUCGGACGAGGCCGCGGCUUACGCGCUGCCACCUCGACGAGCUUACGGCGGCGUCAGGAUCUCUUACGUGCCGAACGACGCGGUGGCGUGCGCCCGGAAACGCGCUCCCGCGUCCUGCUCGUCGUCGAAUCAAGCUCAGAGGGACACCGAGAAGUGCGUCGUGUCUUGAUGACUCCUUCUUUUACGCUUCACGAGUUUCUUCAAUGUUGUACCGUCCUCGUAAUCACUCGGGGAGCAAACGACGAGAGAAACGACGCUAGAAGAAGAGUUCCUACAAGUUUUGGACGACGCACUUUCAAUAUCUUCCUAUGACUUGCGAAGUAUGCGCACGCGUGCGCAACAACGUGAACAAUACUCAUUUAAUUUGUGUAAAUAUUAUUGCGAGCUCUCUUCCGGGACACACCCGUCCCUCUAUUUUUAAUACCCCAUUAAUGUAUUUGAUAAUAAUAACGACGUCAAAAUAA